AUGCGCGGUCAAACCGACGCACCAGUGACACAUACAUUAGCGACUGACAAUAUUGAGGAACCUCCCUCAAAGAAAGCAAAGUUGGAUGAUACAUCAACGCCUGACAACGACGCUAACAAUGGUGCCACUCAGCGCGCGAGGGGUAUCGCCCCCGUUAAGGCAGAAUUCAUUAUCCCAAGGGCUACGAACACCGAACCGCAACCUAAUACUGAUGACGCUGCCGAGGCCGCACGUCACGAGGAGGGCCAAGGGCAAGAGACGGGGAAGAAGAAAAAGAAGAAGAAGCCUACUGGACAAAACACAAACCGCACUUUUGGAUCGUCUAAAGACGAAAAGGGCCUGUGUCCGAGCAGGGUCUUUACACCUGAGUUCUCUCCCGGAGUUUGCCAAUGGGGCGAAAAGUGUCGUUAUGAGCACGAUCUACGAACCUAUCUGAAGGAAUACAAACGUGGUGAUCUGGCAACCUUUGAUGGUAUGUGUCCAGUUUGGGAUGCAAAAGGCAAAUGCCUCUCCGGCUGGAAAUGUCGUCUCGUGGGCUCUCACAUGAUUGAACGCGAGACCGCCGAUGGCAGAAAAGAAUUGGUGCUGGUUGAGGAUGAGGAGCGCAAGAAGAAAGCACAGCCACUUGUCCCUUUUGCCGCCGAGGAUGGCACUGCAAAUAUUGCCUCAGCGGAAGCUAAGUUUGCGCUGCACCGCAAGAAGGUCCAGACGCCUCGAGCUGAUUCAUACGGACGUUGGUUGGACAAAACCUCCAGAGAACUGGAGAAGGUAAUUCACAACCGGAACGUUUCUGAAGAGAAGGGCGCAGAGUCCAAGACCGAGGAGGCCAAAAUAGAGAAAGAAGAGAACCGGGCGCAAUAUCUAGAGCCACCAUUCUUACCGUCGGAAAAGCGCCGUAUUUACUUCGGCCCGGAAACUCCUGUUUUAGCGCCUCUAACCACACAAGGAAACCUUCCCUUCCGGAGACUAUGCAUAGAACUUGGCGCACAGUUUACCUACUCGGAGAUGGCCCUGAGUAUGCCAUUAAUCCAGGGUAACAAAGGAGAGUGGGCAUUGAUGAGAGCACACGAGACGGAAAUGCUACCUCCAACUAUAUCUCCAGGGGUUGAUGUAGUGCAGGAAUAUGAUCACUCGAAAGAUCUUAGAUUCGGCGCCCAAAUUGCGGCAAACAAGCAUUGGCAAGCACUUAAGGCGACCGAGGUACUAUCUGCAUAUACCCCAAACCUUCGUGUUAUCGAUUUGAACUGCGGCUGCCCCAUUGACUUGCUCUACCGUGAUGGAGCUGGGUCUGCCCUUCUCGAACACCCGUCAAAGCUCGAGAGGAUCCUUCGCGGUAUGAAUGCAGUUUCACAAGAAAUACCUAUCACCGCCAAGAUUCGCAUGGGAACCAAAGAUAAUUCACCCAAUGCUCUCAGGGUGGCAGAACGUUUAAUUCUCGGGGGCUACGAGUCCAGUACCCUUGGACUUGGUGCUCCUGGUGUAGCAGCCUUAACCCUGCAUGGACGGAGCAGACAGCAGCGGUACACCAGACAAGCAGAUUGGGAAUAUAUCUCUGAGUGUGCUGCUCUUAUCAAGAGACUGAAUGAAAAAACGGAUCAAGUCAUAGAUACCGUACGAGAGCCAGACCCACGGACACAGCCGAAUGGAGGUAAGACAUGGUUCCUGGGGAAUGGAGACUGUUACUCGCACCAGGAUUACGACGACCACGUCAACAAUGCUGGUGUUGACACUGUGAUGGUUGGUCGAGGUGCUCUGAUCAAGCCUUGGUUAUUUGAGGAGAUUCAGGCAGGCCAGUACCUCGAUAAGUCUGCGUCCGAGCGUUUAUCGCUAGUUGAGAAGUUUGCCAAGUAUGGUCUAGAGACAUGGGGAUCAGACGAGCAUGGAGUUGGCACUACACGGCGCUUCCUACUCGAAUGGCUGAGCUUCGCCUGCCGCUACAUUCCUAUUGGAUUGCUUGAAUAUCUUCCACCACGUAUUCAGGACCGACCACCGUCUUGGAGAGGCAGAAAUGAGUUGGAGACUCUUAUGGGCAGUCACAACUACAAAGACUGGAUCAAGAUCACUGAAAUGUUCCUCGGUCCAGCCCAUAAGGACUUCAAGUUCGAGCCGAAACACAAGUCAAACGCUUGGGAUGGGGAAGCAGAGGGAUGA